CCAAAGUCUUUCGCAAGAGAAGAGAACGAGAAAAGUCUCCAUCGAUCACCACCAUGGCCAAGAGUUGCUCUUCAUCUCCAUUCCAAAGCUUGAUCAUCUUCCUCUUUCUAGUAUCGAUGUGUGGAAUGGCUUUUGGUCAGCUAAGCACCACAUUCUAUGCCUCGACUUGCCCAAACCUGGUCCAGAUCGUGAGCGGAGUCGUGAGGCGAGCAGUGGCGAGCGAGCCUCGUAUGGCGGCCUCGCUCCUUCGGCUACACUUUCAUGAUUGUUUCGUCCAGGGCUGCGACGCAUCUCUGCUGCUCGACGACGCCUCGGGAUUCACCGGGGAGAAAUCCGCGCUUCCCAAUCAAAACUCUGUGCGCGGAUUCAAUGUCAUUGACAACAUCAAGACCGCAGUGGAGAGGCAGUGUCCCAACGUCGUCUCGUGCGCUGAUAUUGUCACGCUCGCAGCUAGAGAAGGCGUCACAGCGUUGCAAGGCCCAUCUUGGCCCGUGGUUUUGGGACGCAGAGACAGCACCACCGCAAGCCUCUCUUCCGCAAACAACGAUAUCCCAGCGCCAACAUCCAGCGCCUCGCAGCUCCUCUCCAAGUUCCAAGCCAAGGGACUGUCCGCCCAGGACCUGGUAGCAACAUCCGGCGGCCACACAAUCGGCCAGGCACGCUGCGUCACCUUUCGGGACCGCCUCUACAACUUUAGCAGCUCGGGCCGCCCGGAUCCAAACCUCAACGCGCUCUUCCUCUCGCGCCUGCAGCAGCAGUGCACGCAAUCCUCCGCCUCGGACAACAGCCUCUCGCCCCUCGACGUGAGGAGUGCCAACGUUUUCGACAACGCUUACUUUGUCAACCUGCAGUUCAACAGGGGGCUCCUCAACUCGGACCAGGUGCUGUCCGCUGGCAGCACGCAGGCCCUGGUGAACGCAUACGCGGGCAACAACCGACGCUUCUUUGCGGACUUUGCGUCAGCUAUGGUGAAUAUGGGCAACAUUAGUCCUCUCACCGGCAGCGCGGGCGAGAUCCGGAAGAGCUGCCGUGCCAGAAACUAAGAACUAGAUUCCGUAACCUUGCACUUAGUACAGUAGCUAUCCAGAACAACUUGAAAGUUCACAAAAAAUUUGUUCACUUUCAUUCCAUCCAAGAGAUACCAAUGUAUGCUCUAG